GAGCAUAUUAAUGAAAAGUGCCAUAGACUGAAAAACCAAACAUGAGGGUAGCAGGUGCUGCAAAAUUGGUGGUAGCUGUGGCAGUGUUUUUACUGACAUUUUAUGUUAUUUCUCAAGUAUUUGAAAUAAAAAUGGAUGCAAGUUUAGGAAAUCUAUUUGCAAGAUCAGCAUUGGACACAGCUGCACGUUCUACAAAGCCUCCCAGAUAUAAGUGUGGGAUCUCAAAAGCUUGCCCUGAGAAACAUUUUGCUUUUAAAAUGGCAAGUGGAGCAGCCAACGUGGUAGGACCCAAAAUCUGCCUGGAAGAUAAUGUUUUAAUGAGUGGUGUUAAGAAUAAUGUUGGAAGAGGGAUCAAUGUUGCCUUGGCAAAUGGAAAAACAGGAGAAGUAUUAGACACUAAAUAUUUGACAUGUGGAGAGGGUAAGUAUUCUAAAGGCAUUAAUUGGUCCUGCCAAAAUUUGUUGAUAGAAACAGUCUUACAAAGCUGUUGUGAAAUCAGUCAUAGAUUAUCAAGAUGGUCAUUCAGUCAUUUUUUAAAAACCUCAACCCUUUCUUUUUCUUCAGAUGUGGCACCAUUUAUUGAGUUUCUGAAGGCCAUACAAGAUGGAACAAUAGUUUUAAUGGGAACAUAUGAUGAUGGAGCAACCAAACUCAAUGAUGAGGCACGGCGGCUCAUUGCUGAAUUGGGGAGCACAUCUAUUACUAAUCUUGGUUUUAGAGACAACUGGGUCUUCUGUGGUGGGAAGGGCAUUAAGACAAAAAGCCCUUUUGAACAGCACAUAAAGAACAAUAAGGAUACAAACAAAUACGAAGGAUGGCCUGAAGUUGUAGAAAUGGAAGGAUGCAUCCCCCAGAAGCAAGACUAAUGGAAAUGUGGAGAGAAUUGAAGAAAGCGCACUUUCACUGUUAAUGGGAGAGCUGUGUGUAAAUAUUUUAAGAGCAUGCAGCCAUCUUGGUGUGUGCAUGAGUAUUGUCUCUUUUGAUAUCAGGAUUAUUUAUUGCUAACGUAAAUAGAUAGCAUUGUAAAUAGUCAUCACAAUGAUCAAAUCACUGAACCAUGUCUCUGCACAUUUCCCUAAAAGUACAGUGUUUAGACUGCUGUGGUAAUACAUAUUUUAAAUUCUAAAAGCAUACCCAAUGUGUAACUGAACAGAUCGUGAAAAAUAUAUUGAUAUAUAUACUAGUUGCUGUGAAAAUAUCAUGGAAUAACAUGGAUUUUAGGGUGGAUACUUUAUUUUCUUUUAUACCUCUAUAUAUUGCCUUGUGAUGACAUUAUCUUUUAAAUUAAAAAGAGAUUUGGCUAGAGUUGUGUGUGUAAUGUUACUUUACAGCCCGACUCUCCUGAUGUACCUCUUUUCAUGAUCUUUUUCUUUCCUUCCCAAGAAACUGAGGAAUGUUUAAUAUGAAAACACACAUUGGAUAUGUGAAAAGCACAACAAAAUUCUUAAUGUACACAGUAAAAAGUAAAUAUAUAAAUGUAGAUGGCAUUUAGGACCACAGCUUGCUGGAUUUGUGUUAGCUAUUGGAAUAACUUGAUUUUGUAUAAGCUAUUUAGAGUGAGGCUGGAGGUGGCAGUUUUACAGAACUGGAGAACCAGGCCAAGUCCCCUCCCCAACCUAAUUAGGUCAUUCAGGACAGCUAAGUCAGUAUAUUUAGAGCAAUACUAGCAUAUGUUUUUCUUAAUUGUUAUCAGCAUUGACCAAGUGGUUUGGAAGGAGGCAUGCUUUAAUAUCACAAUAAUUUUGAUUUGUAAACCAAGAAAUUAAUCCUGUGUUUAUCUAACUUCAUAAUAGCAGUUAUUGCCUGAAGCUAUAGUGGCAUAUUUACAAAAGUUCUUAUUACUGGGUGGACUGAUAACAUUUAAAAAAUAAUUGUGUUUGACCCCAAAUGACUUUAUACCCAAUUCUACAUAAAAAUAUAGAAGAUCUAUCUUUUUUGUUACUUUCAGAUGUUCACUAACUCAGUUUUUAAGCAGACGUUUUCAGGGCAUUAAAUAUAUGUUGUGUAUGAAAUAUCUCAAACUGGAACAUAAAUUUAGUGAUCAAACUGCCAUUCAUAAUGUAAGGCAACACUUAAAUUUCGAACCUAAAUUUUAGAUGGAUUGUAUAAAAAAUCCUAAAAGCAGUAUCUGUUAUUUAGCUGUAAACCAAGUUGGAAGCUAUUCAGAUAAUUUCUUAAAUAUUGAUGAACUUUGGAGUACUGUUUCUUCCUUCAAACUGAAUGUAAUUCAUGAAUAAAUGCACCUUAUAUGUUUAAACAAUUUUUGUAUACUUUUGGGAUUUUUGGUGCUUAUAUGCUAAAUCACAUUCAGCAUGUGUAUUUUGACAUUUAAAAUACUUCUCUCAAUUCUGUAAAUUAAAAGAAUAGUUAUUUUACAGUUCUAGGGAUUGUGAAAUAAAUGUCACUUUUUAAAAAAUAAUGAAAAUAAAUACUCUUGGUUUUGCUUUGUGAA